CCAAUUCAUCCAUACAUUAUAGCCUUCUUCCUCAGUCAGACAGUACAGUGACAGUCGCUGCUCUCGCUCUUCUCCCAAGACGUUUUCCCCAAAGCGCGGGAAGAAGAAUCUUGGUCUUCAGGCAAUGCCGGAGCUACCGGAGGUGGAGGCGGCGAGAAGAGCCGUUGAGGAGCACUGCUCGGGCAAGAGGAUCAAGAAGGCCGUUGUAGCUGACGACCCUAAGGUCAUCGAUGGAGUCUCCUCGUCGGAAUUCGAGGCCGCUCUUCUGGGGAAGCAGAUAGUCGGUGUCCACAGGAAGGGAAAGAACAUGUGGCUCCUGCUCGAUUCUCCUCCUUUCCCUUCUUUCCAGUUCGGAAUGACAGGUGCUGUCUAUAUUAAAGGGGUUGCAGUCACAAAAUACAAAAGGUCUGCUGUAAAGGAAACUGACGAAUGGCCAUCCAAGUAUUCCAAAGUAUUUAUAGAACUGGAUGACGGCCUGGAGCUAUCUUUCACAGACAAGAGGCGCUUUGCUCGAGUUCGUUUGCUCACUGAUCCGACUUCGGUGCCACCUAUAUCUGAGCUUGGGCCAGAUGCCCUACUGGAGCCUAUGACGGUGGAUGAACUUGCCGAGGCAUUGAGCAAGAAGAAAAUCGCAAUAAAAAAACUAUUGCUUGAUCAGAGUUUUAUGGCUGGUAUAGGCAAUUGGGUUGCAGAUGAAGUGCUUUACCAGGCUGGAAUUCACCCACUUGAAACUGCUUCAAAGCUGCCCAAAGAAAAGUGUGCCACACUCCACAAGUGCAUCCAAGAGGUUAUUGAGUGGGCUGUUCAAGUUGAUGCUGAAAGCAGCCUCUUCCCACUGAAUUGGCUGUUUCACUAUCGAUGGGGCAAAAAGCCCGGAAAAGCUAAUGGGAGGAGAAUUGAUUUCAUCACCGCUGGCGGCAGGACAACAGCAUAUGUACCUGCGCUGCAAAAGCUAAGUGGAGGAGCUGGAGCACUAAGAGCUGAUGACAAGCAAAGAAGGCAAACUUCCAAGAGAAAGAAGGGCAGCGAUGAGGUGGAUGGAUCGGCAAGUGAGGAAGAGGAAGCUAAGGAAAGCGUGAAGGUGAAGAAACAACAGAACCCUAGAGCUUCGGGUAGAAAAUCAUCGGCAAAAAAGAAACCCGAUGUUAGCAAUGAUGGGAGCGAUGAUCCUGAGAACGAUGAGAGUGAUGAGGAUGAAGAGAGAAAGAAGGUUAGCAAGACAGUCAAGAAGAAAGAAGCCUCUGAAAGGACAUCAAAGAAGAAGAGUGAAGCCACUGGUACCACUAAGAAGCACACAAAACGAGCCAAGUAGGCAGAUGCCGGGAGACUAGAUGGUUGCCAUCCGAGUUUUGGUAGAAUCUGCUGGUGGGAUUCGGCAGAUCUUGUAAGUCAUGUUAAUUAAACAUCCUUUUGUUAUCCAGGAACCGGGGGUUUUACUCCCCUUACUUACCUCAAGGCCUGUUUGUUCGUAUAGUUUCCUAGCAUCGCGGUUCGUCUUUUGUCCAUGGAAGCUAGAAUUGCCAAGUAUUGUCACUGCAUUCAAGAUCGAGAAACUCUAUGCAUCCUUCAGAUGUUGAUGGUAGUUUGUAGUUGCUUCUGCUUUUGCUUUAUCUUGCGGUAGCAGAGGAUAAUUUUGUUGCUUAUCAUCUGCAACUUCAAAUAUCACUAGCAGCAUUUUGUACU